CAGUUUAGAAUCUUAAGCAGAUGCCAAAGGAAUAAAGCAAACGGGGAGAAAAAAGGCCGAUAAACUUUCUGGCAGCCAUACAAGACACAUAUCAUUACCAUAUGAUCUAAUGUGGGUGUCAGCCGGAUUGUGUUCAUUGAGGGAAACCUUAUUUUUUAACUGUGCUAUGGAGUAGAAGCAGGAGGUUUGCAACCUAGUGACAGUCACAGAGCAGCACCUACCCCCUCCUCCUUUCCACACCUGCAAACUCUUUUGCUUGGGCUGAAUAUUUAGUGUAAUUACAUCUCAGCUUUGAGGGCUCCUGUGGCAAAUCCCCGGAUUAAAAGAUCUAUGUAGUUCCCUUCAGCCGGCUGAGCACCAACUCAAAGACAGAUGUUCCUUGCCUGUGAAAAUACAUGAGAUAAAUCAUGAAGGCCACCAUCAUCUUCCUCCUGCUUGCACAAGUUUCCUGGGCUGGGCCGUUCCAACAGAGAGGCUUGUUUGACUUUAUGCUAGAAGAUGAGGCUUCUGGAAUAGGCCCAGAAGAGCGCCCCGGUGUGGAGUCUGCCCUAGAGCCUCUGGGACCUAUGUGUCCCUUCCGCUGUCAGUGUCAUCUGCGAGUUGUCCAGUGUUCUGAUCUGGGUCUGGAAAAAGUGCCAAAAGAUCUUCCCCCUGACACUACGCUGCUUGACUUGCAAAACAACAAAAUAACCGAAAUCAAAGAUGGGGACUUCAAGAACCUGAAGAACCUUCAUACGUUGAUUCUUGUCAACAACAAAAUUAACAAAAUCAGCCCUGGAGCAUUCACACCUUUGUUGAAAUUGGAACGACUUUAUCUAUCCAAGAAUCAUCUGAAGGAAUUGCCAGAAAAAAUGCCCAAAACUCUUCAGGAGCUGCGUGCCCAUGAGAAUGAGAUCACUAAAGUGCGGAAAGCUGUGUUCAAUGGACUGAACCAGAUGAUCGUCAUAGAACUGGGCACCAACCCACUGAAGAGCUCGGGAAUUGAAAAUGGAGCCUUCCAGGGAAUGAAGAAGCUGUCCUAUAUCCGCAUUGCUGACACCAAUAUAACUACCAUCCCUCAAGGUCUUCCUCCUUCCCUUACUGAAUUACAUCUGGAAGGCAACAAAAUCACCAAAGUUGAUGCAUCCAGCCUGAAAGGACUGAAUAAUCUGGCUAAGUUGGGGCUGAGUUUUAACAGCAUUUCUGCCGUUGACAAUGGCACGCUAGCCAACACUCCUCAUCUGAGGGAGCUUCACCUGGACAACAACAAGCUGAUCAAAGUACCUGGUGGGCUGGCGGAGCAUAAGUACAUCCAGGUUGUCUACCUUCAUAACAACAAUAUCUCUGCCGUUGGGUCUAAUGACUUCUGCCCACCUGGAUACAACACCAAAAAGGCCUCUUAUUCAGGUGUAAGCCUUUUCAGCAACCCAGUCCAGUACUGGGAGAUCCAGCCAUCCACCUUCCGAUGUGUCUAUGUGCGUUCUGCCAUCCAGCUUGGAAAUUAUAAAUAAUUCCCAAGAAAGCCCUCAUUUUUAUAACCUGGCAGAAAUUCCAUUAAUAUCAUUGCUCAAAAAAGAAAAAAAAAGAAAGCUAGAUACUGGAAACUUAACUGCAAUGUGGAUCUUUUUCCCACAUGAUUUAUAAUACAUAAAGCUGAAUAUGCAGUUGAAAUAAUUGCCUACAAUAAAAAAUAUUUUGCCUGCCAUUUUCAGAAUUCUUUUUUGAAGCUUUCUGUUGAUGUUAACUGAGCUAUUGCAGAUACUCUUAUUCCCUUAAACAUAAAAUUUGGAGUAAAUAUAUAUAUGUCGACAAUUUAGUAAAGCUUUUCGUAUUUAAUUCUUAGAAGGAUUCAAAUAAAAAAGUGUCCAUCUUCGGUAGCUCAUAGGGUGUUAGACCCUUUGACAUAAAGUCAAACUUCAAGUUCUGUCUAGCUCUGUGUUAAUGCCCGUUAUCAUUGGUAAAGCCUCAUUUGAAUAUGUAAAUUCAAUAAGGCUAUGUAAAAUUUUUGCUUAUGUCAUCAUUUUGAAAAAAAUAAAUUUACAAAUACAUUCAAAAUUA